GGAGGAAACAAACUGUGAUGAUCAGCAGAACACUCCUGAUUCUCCAGAAUGUAAAGACUUCAUUAUUAAGAUUGAGCUGGAAAAAGCAGAAAAUGGAAGCCUGGGAUUUGCACUGGUAGGUGGAAAAAAUGGCAGGGCUAUCCUAAUAAAAGCCAUCAGCCCGGACAGCAGUGCAGAUCUGGAUGGGAGACUUCAAGUUGGUGACAUCUUACUGAAGGUGAAUGAGACCUUUGUGUCUGGUCUGCCACGCCAAACAGUCACAGAUCUGCUGCGCAAGGCGCAAGGCACCGUUCAACUCACUGUCUGCCGAAGCCUGGCUUUGCACUGGGCCUAUUCAGGCAACCAGAGCAACAGAGCUCCCACUCCAAACACAAAGGCAGAGCCUGCAAGUGGUGGGGAAAGCCUGCAAGCUCAGCCUGUUUUCAGUUUCAAGCAAGAAGGCUCCAACCAAAUGUGCAACAAGGAUGCAGAAAGAACAGACAAAUCUCCUCUGCAAGGUCAGCUGGCUGGACAAGACUACAAGGACCUCAUCAGUAAUGUUUCAGACAGGUCACAGAAAUGUGUAGAAUGUGAAAGCUGCAGAAGAGAAAAUCAACAGUCUGAAUCAGGCAGCUGGAGCAAUGAAGAUGAUGUUAUGCCCCACAGGAUUCCUGUUCUACCUAGAAACAGAACCUUUGCUUCUGGAGAUGAACUGACUCAGUUAAUUAACUUGAAACCAUCACAGAGUGGAGUAGAUCCAAGGACUGGCAUAACAGGUCUUAUUCAAGGACUUCAGCUGCAGAUUGAGAAUCAAGAGGUGCUAAAGGAGUUUAUGGCUUUAGAACAUGUGAAGCCAAUAGAUGACUGCAGAACUGGCAAAGCACCAGAAAACCAGAAUAAAAACAGAUACCGAGAUAUCCUUCCAUAUGAUAAGACACGAGUUCCUCUGGGAGAAAAGAAUGGCUACAUUAAUGCAAGUUACAUUAGAAUGAAUGUUGGAGAAGAGGAACACUUUUAUAUUAUAACCCAAGGGCCUCUUCCAUCCACUAUGGCUGAUUUCUGGCAAAUGGUCUGGGAGAGUGAAUCAGAUGUGAUUGCCAUGAUGACAAAAGAAGUGGAGCUAGGGCAAGUCAAAUGCCAUCGAUAUUGGCCUGAAUCUCCCUAUAACUCUAAAGAACUGGCUAAUUUCUAUCUCAGGCUACACAAUUACCAGCCUCUGGAAUACUUCAUAAUUAGAAAAAUAGAAAUUAUCAGCAAGCAGUUCAACAUCAAGCAGAUAGUGAGAGAUUUGCGAGAUCAGCGUUUUGGCAUGAUCCAAACUAAGGAUGAGUAUUUAUUCUGUUAUGAAGUUGUGCUGGAAGUCCUUCAGAUCCUGCGAGCCAUGGAUUCCUACUGA